UCCACUCUCUCAACCUUUUGAAGAUGCAACGCAAAGCACCGUUGCUCAUGGAAUCCAGCGGCAUGAAAUGGUAAGUUUUAUCUAAAGACAUGCUUUUUCGUUUUUAUUGAAAUGACUUCCGAGCUACGAAGCAUAUAGUACCAAUGUCUGCUCUGACAAAAAUAUGGUCUGAGAACAUCCUGGCUAUUGUACUAAGUUCUCGAAGAGCUCAACAAGUAACGUUCUUUUCGGGCAUCGCACGCACCGAGAGAGCACUCUUUAUACUUACUGGGGCUUAUGAUUCAUUCUUUCCGUGGCCAACUAACGGGACCGCAAACAAACAACAAAACUGUUACACUUCGUUUAGCAACGCUCUCGAUCAACUCAACGUCUCACUCUGCUCGUUACAAACCAAGCUUAUGGAACACAGCAGCGUUCGCUUACACAAAACUUAAUCAUCCAACUUCCAAAACACGAAGUCAAUGUGACAAUAAAUGGCAACUCCAGAACAAGCAGCUCCCUCUCGUGAAUCGUAGAUGGAGCUGGAGCAGCAAGAAUUCUGGAUAAAGCCGCGCGCUCCACACUGUCCGAGAGAUCGAUCGCUUAAAAAUCCCGUGGUGUGACAGUUUGAUUCAGCUCAAAGCUAGCUCUCCUUGAUCCACGAAGAAAAGAGAGAGUACUUCUCACAUGGUUGAAUCACCUGGGGUCGAGAAUGAUGCCGGGGAUAUUCGCGGCCGUGACCCUGUUCACACCGCGACAGUUUAGAGCUUUUUUGGAGCCGGGUGAUUAUCCUCUUCUCGUUUGCUCGCUUGCUACAUCGCAGCUAUGGAGCUUUAAUGGCGCUGGCGCUUGGUUCUUGCUAGGGUUUGGGCGUUUCUUGCUGCUUCUUUGGCAAUCCCGGGCGUUUUCUCGGUCGCGAUGGCGCGAUCGAGGCGCUGCUGCUGGAGGUGGACCGUCGACGGCGUGCUACUUUGAUCGAUUGCAGCGCAGCACAGAUGGGUCCUUGAUGCUGCCGACGAUGACCAUGGCGCGGUUCCUUCUUUCGCUUUGUCUGGGAUCGAUGCUAGCGCAUUCCAGUGGCGCUGCUGGGAUUCGUUUCCACAGUAGACGAGCCUUGCAAGCGCCGGAUUCUGCGUUGCUGGCUCCCUAUCAGGAUAUUGAUCCUCGGUCCUGGGCCCCUUUUCUUCCACCUCCAGUAGCUCCUUCUCCCAGUGAAGACCCACGGUCGUUCCAAUCACCGGUUUCUUAUUCUCCUCCAUCUCCAGCAUUCCCAGUUGCUACAUCACCUUUGCAAAAGCCUGCUGCGGUGGUUCUUCCUGCUUGGCUAGCGACUGCAGCUCCAAGUCCUCAUUCACCAGGGCCUUUCCUUGCAAAGCAUGAGCUUGACGAAGAUCAGGGGCUGCCAAAGCUCACCAAAGGCAUGCUGCUUACAGUUGUUCUCGUCCCAACUCUGCUCGGGGGCUCAAUCCUGUUCUCGACUUUCGUUGCAUGGAUGUGCCACCGGCCUCCAUCUCUGAGGCAUUCGCCGGCUGGUAGCCAACGCAGUGACGGAUACUCGUCCGGUGGUUCCGGACGAGGCCCGUUUGCACCGUGGCUGUGGGGACGUAGUUUCAAUGCCCCUCGAAAGGAACUCGCUCAUUCUUUCGAGUUUCCUUUGCUCCAGGCAGCAACUAGCAAUUUCGGUACUGCGAACUUGUUAGGAGAGGGUGGCUCUGGACGCGUUUACAAGGCACGACUAGACGACGACUGUUUUGCGGCAGUUAAAUUAUUGUUUAGCGAGGGGAAACAAGCGGAACAAGCAUUCCAGGCUGAGGUUGAACUCUUGAGUGGGAUUCGCCAUCCGAAUCUCGUCUCCUUGCUAGGAUUUUCCAGCCACGGAGAUCAGCGGCUGCUGGUGUACGAGUAUAUGCAGAAUGGAUCUUUGCAAGAUCAACUCCAUGGUCCUCUAAAGGGAUCGAUUCUUUCGUGGCACCUGAGAAUGAAAAUCGCACUUGACUCGGCAAGAGGUUUGGAACACUUGCACGAGCACUGCAACCCUCUUGUAAUCCAUCGGGAUUUUAAAUCGUCCAACAUCCUUUUGGACGCAAGCUUUAAUGCCAAAGUUGCAGACUUUGGGCUUGCACUGUCUGCUCCAACUGGAAUCAGGCAGGACGAGAUCGUUCAGGGAACUCUUGGCUAUGUUGCCCCGGAAUACAUCCUGAAUGGGAGCCUCACGGAAAAAAGUGAUGUGUAUGCAUUCGGAGUUGUUCUUCUGGAGCUUAUAACUGGGAGAAAGCCGAUCGAUCCAUCCAUGCCAACGGGAUCUGAGUCGCUAGUUACUUGGGUUCUGCCGCUCUUGGGGGAUCGAGCAUCGUUGCCAACCGUGAUAGAUCCUGUUCUCCAAGGAACCGUGGAUACAAAGCAUCUCCAUCAGGUUGCUGCAGUAGCAAUGCUGUGUGUGCAAGCAGAGCCGAGUUAUAGGCCACUCAUUGCGGAUGUUGUGAAUUCCUUGAUCCCGCUCGUUCCGAUUGAGUUGGGAGGGACAUUGCGUGUUGCAGAGACGGUGCUCGAGAACAAGUCAUUUGCGGCAUUGCAAUGGAACGUAUCCUCCAAUGACUCCAUUGUUUAUGGGGAGGAUGCUUACUAAUGUUUGUGUAUGUUUAACUCUUUCGUAUUUGAAUUAUUAUUAUUACCAUUGAGACUAA